CAGGAAGCGAAGAAGGCGAAGGUCAGGAAUUAAACAUGGCAGCUCGCUGUAUGUUGAGGUCUGUGUGGACCUCGUUUGCAGGCUUAAACUUAGGUGCCACAGCCUCCAAGGUGACGCUCCAACAGAGGAUAAAUGUUCCCCAGCUGUCAGCUUUAACUAUUCAGAGCCGAGGGAUCCGCCAAGUGGUGGUGACGAAGGAGGGUAAAACAACAACGAUUGAAGGAAAAAUACUGGACGUUCCAGCAGCACCAGAGCCUCCAAACCCCGAAGCCAAGUGUCCCAUCUACAGAUGGAACCUGCAGCACAAAUAUAACUACACGGAUGUCUUGUUGCUCAGUCAGUUCAUCAGGUCAGAUGGAGGGAUGUUGCCGAAGAGAGUCACUGGUCUCUGUCCACAGGAGCAUCGCAAAAUUGCCAUCUGUGUUCAGAUGGCUCACAGAGCAGGUCUGCUCCCCGACCACAGACCCAAACUUCCAGAGGGCCACAUCCCAAAGAAGCCCAAACAAAAACUUAACAGAUACUUGACUCGCUGGUCCGUUAACUCUGUGAAACCCAUCUACAAAAAGGGACUAAAGUGGUGUAAGAAGCGCAUUGCUGUUGGUCACCCAAUACUCCAGAGCAAUGUGUGUUACGGUGUCAAACCCUUAAACGUGAAACACUGAAGGACAGGAAGUCUGAUGUAUCAGUGCAGCAGCUGGACAAGAGUGGGCGGAACCUUUCUAUCUGAGGACACACUUUCAGCUGGGUUGUCAUCCCGCUCUGGGAAAAAGGCCUAAAAGCUUCAUCCAUCUGUAUUUAUUCUUCCCUCUUGUUUAUGAAGCUGCGCUCAAUCUUUUAAUGCUCGGCUCCACCCAGAACCAUCUAUCCUGUCCGCUGGUUUUCAAAAAGCCCUUGAAGUGAACUCACUGACAAGCGACUGUGAGUAACAACUGGGUCAGUGUUACAGUUUUCAAAGUAGGUGGUAUAUUGACUGUGUAAACUCAAGGCAACACAGAUGUGCAAAUAAAAUGUGUGUGUUUA